UGAUACGGUGUGAUAUAGUAUGAUGCUUAAUGAUAUGAUAUGAUACAAUAGAUGUUUAAAAAAGGGUGUUGUAUGUAUAUUGGUGUAUACUGAACAUGGAAUUAUUACCACCAUUCGGAAGUUCGAACUUUGAUCAACAUGGCGGCCGAUGCUUGUGGGUCACAUUGUGAUGGUCAAGGCCAUAGUCAUGGAGAUAAUAGCCCAAAAAGUGCUGAAAUGGAUAUUUUUAAAGCUGCUAAAUCUGGGGAUUUUCGAAUGUUUCAAUUACUUAUUGUGGCAAAAGGAAAAGAAAUUUUAAAAGAACAUGACAUAAGUGGUCAUACUGCUUUACAUUGGGCAUGUCUUGGUGGGCAUACAAAAUUGUUGACAAUUAUUGAAAAUGAUGUCCCAUUAAAUGUACAAAGUGAAAAUGAUUAUGGACCACAGCCUAUACACUGGGCUUGCACUGAAGGAUAUAUUGGUAUCGUUGAUCUGCUGUUACAGCAUGGUGUUCCUAUUGAGGCUACUGAUAAGAAACAAUGCACACCACUUAUUAUUGCAGCUCAAUAUGGCAAAUCUAAUAUUUGUAGUUAUCUUAUUGGUAAAGGAGCUAAUAUUCAUGCUGUUGAUACUGAAGGGGAUAGUGCUCUCCACUGGGCAGCAUUUAAAGGUCAUAGUGAUUUGGCACUAUUUUUAUACUCUGGAUUUAAUCCAGAAUUAAAAGAUAAAAUGGGUCAGGCUCCUAUUCAUUUAGCUUGUCUUAGCAGCAACUUGCUGGCUGUUAAACAUCUAGUUGCUAUGGAUAUUUCAAUCAGUGAACGUGAUAAUAACCAGAAAACACCUUUAAUGUUGGCAAUGGGAAGACACUAUGAUGAUAUUGUUUCCUAUCUCUACAGGAAACAAAAUAGAUAUAUAAAAUUUACUUUACGUGAUAUCAUUUUUGGACCACCCGGCAGGUCAAAGGGACCUCUUUUAUUUGUGUUGAUUAAUAUCAUAUGUAUUGGAUAUCCAAUUUAUUAUUACAUGGUCGUACCAGAGACGUAUUCUGAGAUGCCUUACGUCCAUUAUUCAUUCAUCUUUUUAAACUUCAUUAUGUGGCUGUCAUUGUAUGCUGCUUCAAGUACAGACCCAGGAUUCCUGCCUUGUGAUACAGAGGAAUAUAAACUGAUUUUAAAACAAGUAGCUCUUCAUGACGAUUGGGAGGAUAAAACUGAUAGUCCUUUGAAUCGAUUGUGUCACACUUGCCGUCUCGUCAAACCAUUGCGCACUAAACACUGUAGAAUAUGUAACAGAUGUGUAAGAACGUUUGAUCAUCACUGUCCUUAUGUUAAUAACUGUAUUGGUUUACGUAACAGAAUAAAGUUCUUGUCGUUUGCUGUUUCAACAUUGCUGUGUUGUUAUAUUACUGUAUAUUUUGCUGUAACCUUGAUUAUACGAAAUGGUUCUGACGUAGUUGUAACCCUUGGCUUAUUUGAAACAAUUAUAGCCUGUCUAAUUCUUUCUAUAUUGAUACUCAUCCACUUUGGCAAUAUGGCGACAAAUUUAACAAGCAACGAACGAAUUAAUCAGAAACGAUACCGAUAUUUGAUUGGCUCUGAUGGAAAGUUUUAUAAUCCUUUCGACCGAGGGAUAGUCAGGAACAUUUUGGAACACUUCUAUUUUAUCAAGGAAACGGGGAUAAAACGACUUGGCGAAGAAGUCGUCUAACAGCGGGGAAGUGGCCAACACAAGUGUAGUAACUAGUUGUUCAAACUUUGGUAUCCGACAUUAUAUCUUUUAUAAAAAAAUUAGCCGACGUAUUGCAAAAUCCACAACUAUUUUCAAGAUCAAUUUCUAAUAAUUAAUAAAAUAUUACUGCAUGUAAUAAAAGAACGGCAGUUGUUCAUCCGCUUUUCCCCCGUCUCCUGUCCAAGAGAUGUAGAUUCUUAUCAAUCUCAUCAUCAGUUUACUAACUUCGAAAUGUCUAUCAUCCUCGUCCCCAGGUUUUUCAGCGAAAGUUUAUCAAAAGGCCAAACAGAACUUAAACAUACAUGCAAUCUAUAUUUACAAAAUAAUCUAGAACAAUAUAUUUGAUAUCAAACUGUAAGCAUUUACACUUAUGUCAUGCAGUACAGAAAACGCAAAUUAAAUGUAAAGCCAAUCACUAAAAGCAAUUAUCGAAACAGCUGAAACACUCCAUUACUUAGAUUGAGUAUUACUGGAUUAGCCUGGAUAUCAUAAAAAAGCCGAUCGGCUCAAGGCUGCCCCCAAACAAAAAAGUUCACUUCGUCAUUUUUGUUUCGUUUGGCCAGCUGUGGUUGUAAAGACAACCUUAGGUAAUCUAUAUGUAGGGGGAACCCCUCUCAGACGAAAACAAAGCUCCACACUCCCAUGACUAUGUC